AUGAAAAAUACAAAUAAAAAUAACAAUAUUCAGAGCGAUACCUUGAGUGUUAAUAUUAAUAAUAGCAACGACUUUAACAAAGUUUUACAUGAAAUAAAAAAGAAAGACACACAGGAUGAUAAACGGAAUAAUAAUUCUAAAAGAAAUCUAAAACCCCAAAUAAAAACAAAAAAGGAUAAUGACAUAAGAAAUGUUAAGAAAGAAUCUGAAAAAAAUAAUAUAAAAUAUGUAAGAAGUUUAAGUAACAAUAAAAAUAAUACAACAUAUUUAAAGAAACAAAAUAUUGAGGAUGAUGAAUAUGAUAAAAAUUUAAAUUUUUAUGAUACUCCAAUUUUUCCAUAUAUUACCUCAUUAAUUCUAGAUUAUGAACAUGACAAAAAAAAACCUGAACACGUAUCAAAUGAUAUCGAAUCAAAAGAAAAAAUAAAGAGAUACAAUUCUCAUAAUAAAAUUGAGAGAAAAAAUACAAUUUAUGAUAUAUAUGAAAAAACACUAAAAAAGUUAUCAAUUCAAGAAGACAAUGUAGUAGAAAAAAAUGAAGAACAAAUUUAUUUUAGUAAAAGCUUAGAACAUAAAAAAAGUACUACUUCUGAAGGAAGUAAAAUUAAAAGCAGUGUAAUCAACACAAAUAUUUCAAACAAUUCUUUUGAAGAAUCUUCUUCUAAUGAUAUAUCUACAAUACAACAAACUAAUAAUUUAAUAAAAACAGAACAAAAAAAUCAUGAAACACAAAAAGAUACGAAAAAACCAAAACAAUAUCAUAUAAACGAUGACACAAUUAGAAAUGACAAUAAUAAUUCAAAUUAUGAUCAUAAUAAUACAUUUGAAAGUAUAAAUAGUUCCAAUGAAUAUAAUAAUAAUUAUAAAAACAAGGUUUACACAUCUGAAAAUCAAAAAGAAAAAGGGAAAAAUGAAAAGGAAACACAAAACAUGAAACAAAAACAACAACAACAUAAUAAUAAUAAUAAUGUUAUAAAAACAAAUGAAAAGAAUCAUAAAGUCACAAAUGCAUUUGAUGAUUAUUAUAUAGAUGAAGAACAUUUUAGACAAAGAUCCAUUACAUUAAUGCAAGACAAAAAGAAGAAGAAAAAAAAAAAUGACAGAAGUUAUUCCUUGGAUUCUAAAUCGAUUAUCAGCGAUGAAAUUAAGGAAAAAAAUAAUGAAAAGUUAAAUGCAAACAAAAAUGAAUUCAAUCAAAAUAGUAGUCAUGAAAAUAUAUAUCAAAAAAAACCUUCUCAAAAUGAAAACAUCAAUCAUUCAUUAAAUGAUCAAACGUAUAAAAUUAAAAAGAAAAAAUCCUAUGACAAACAACAUACUAAGAAGUUAUACACUAGGUCAGAUAUAACUACAACCGAUUCUGAUUCUUCAAUUAAUGAAAAAUUAAAUAUAUCUUAUGAUAUUUUUAAAAGUAAAAAUGAAAAUAAAAUGUUUACAAUAGACCAAGAAAAAAGAAAUAAAGAUAGCUUAUUAAAAGUUGUAAAUAGUAAAAAUAUUUUAAAUGUUAGAAAAAUAUUAAGGAUAAUGAGAGAACUUUAUAUUGGAUUUAUAGGAUUACAACUAAUUUAUUUAAUUACAUAUAUCUUAUUUGGUAAUAACAAUGUAUAUUUGAUUCAAAUAAUAUCAAUGUCAUGUACUCUGUUUUCACUCUUAGAUGCUAAUUAUCACGGUUAUUUAUUAAAUGGUUUUAUUGAUAUAUGUAUAGCUAUUUUUUUAAAUAUAGCUAUUUUACAAGAUAUAUCUGGGUUUAAAACAUUGCAAUCCAAUGAUGUUUUGAAAAAUAUUACUAUAUCAAAUAUUGUUCUCCUUUAUUUCUUUUCAGCCUUUUCAUUUUUAAACAGUUAUUUUAUAUACAAAUUACAUUCUUUAGAAAAAAAAAGUAUUAAUUAUGUUAUACGAAACAUUGAAUCAAAAACAGAAAAAAAUAUAAAAAGAUCAGUAUCAACUAAAUGA